AUGGCUGGCAAUCCCCUGAACCUCCUUGGCGACUACGGUACGUUUGCCAACAGUCAUGUCGAUGACCUGAAGUUGGUUGGCACCAACGACCAACCACUUGACUCCAACUCUACAACGAAUGAUGGAGACUUCUUAUAUCUCCAUGCAGAAGACUUCAAACCUGGAAUGUUCCCGUCCGAAGGGGAUGCAAAGGUGAUCAAGGAGUUCGACGCAUCCACUAUGUUUCCACAUGGUCAUCCGAUCCCGGUCUAUUCGAUCACCAAGGCUGAGUACGCUGCUUCGCCCCAUCUAGACGACUUCGGACUAGAGUCAGUCAAUAUGUGUCUAUCUAAUGCAGACACACCUGCCGUCAGUCCUGCUGCGGUUGUACCAUAUCUCACCAGCGCUGCUUACCCAGCAUCCAAGGGUCCCAAUCCACCAAGUGCUGGCCGCGCCAAACUCACUCGCAACGUCUCAUCUCUUAACAACGCCUUCCCGAUCUCCAGUCGUCCCAUCCCAAACCAUCGUCUCAGGCAGAAGUCGAGUUUCUCCAUCCUGCAAAGCAAGCAGAAACGCAAAUUCGACGAGCUUGACUUCGACAACGAUGUCGACGCAAUCCCACCUUUCAGGACUUUGCCUACUAGCAUGCCGGGCACGUUGCCAGAUGCCCCAAGAGGCAGCCCAUCUGGGAUCGUGCCCACAUUGGCGAGUCGUGCGCAAGAUGCCAUCCGCGAGAUGAGGGCAGGGUGUCUCAGCCCGAUCUUCGCAGACAAAGCUCGACAAGCGCCACAGUCCCGCUCGCCUACUGAUUUCGUUGACUCCAUCGAAAAUCUCACGUUUAGAGACCGCGGCCCAGCAAAGAAGAAGUCGAAGCGCACCAAGCCGUCUUCGACACACUCGUCCGCGCCGAGAGCCAACCCCAUUACCACUAGCCCAAUUGGUAUCAUCCCUGCUACUGCUAUGGCAGCCACUAUGCCGGCGACUACAACCCAUCAGCCGGCUGCGAUUAUACCCUCGCUUACAAGCACGUCUCGCCCCCUCAGCGAAGCGAGUACGAAGACACUUACACCAUACGCGAAGAAACUCAUCAGCACCGGCCAUCUACGCAAUGCUGGCUACGUGUCUGGUUUUGAUGACAUCUUCGCACCUCGCGAGAAUGCUCGUCUGCCCGACUGUAAGAUGAGCGCAACAGAGAUUCUCUACUUCUUCCCACGUCACACUCAGUGGCCAGACAUUAUGCUGCGUCUCCUUGGUAACGGCUUCAACUCAUCGACAAUGGCAGACGGCAUUCUGUACUACCGCGGACGUCUUGAUCUCGAGCACCAUGAAAGACGAGAUGCUGCACAGCGCCGCCAAGUGUGCCACUCGGGAAAGGAGAAAUUUGGCGACUCAGCCUGGAAGUCUAGCGAGGCUACAGCGGCCGAGGUCCACCCCGUCACCGACUACAACGUCUCCUCCGCCACUCUACCGAGCGGGCAGCAUGCCACCAUCCUCCAGAGCCUCAAGCUUGUCGACGUCGCACGCGGUGUACAGUAG